AUUGAAAUGGUUGCUUGACUUUUUCUCUGACCAGGUACUUCAUUAUUUCCUCAGCUGCUGAACUUUAGACCUGCACUACACCAAUUAUUUGUAUUGCAAUAUAAGGGAACAGGCUGGUGCUCAUCUUGCAAGCAUCCAUAGCAGCUGGUACCCUAGCCGAGAACUUGGUGAAGGCCUUGGUGACGUAUCCAAAGAUAUAAUCUGAGAGCUCCUUGGUCACAAAGAAACAUGGAUAAAUCAUGGAUCAAUUGUGCGUCUAGGUACAACACAAUAGUUCACAAAUACUAAAAUUGUUUCAGUAAUUAAUAUGGGGUUUAACAAAAAAAAAUUGCAUGUAGGCACACAAAGGCAUAUUUGCGAGGGGUGAACAGUUUCCUAGCUUUUGCAUUUAGAAAUUCAGCUAUAGGAAACAAGAUCUUAUGCCCUUGCAGAAAGUGUGUUAACUCAUUUUGGAGAGAUGCAAGUAGUGUACGUGAGCACCUGAUAUGUGAUGGGUUUCUAAAAGGGUACACAACAUGGAACUUACAUGGGGAAGCAAGCUCCUCUGCUGUGAAUCAUGAGAAUGAUGGUUGUGUUGACCCUAUAGAGGAGUCCAAUGAAGAAGAUGACAUAUCUGAUUUGCUUAGAGACUUAGCUUGUGGUUUAGAUGAUAGAGGAGAUUUUGAAGAUAAUAGUUCUGUUCAGCAGCCAGAUGAACUAGUGGCCCUUGAAAAGUUGGUAGCAGCCCAUGGUCAAGAGUUGUACCCUACUUGCAAAAAGUAUUCAAGUCUGUGUUUCUUGAUCAGAUUGCUUCACAUCAAACUCCUUGGAGGAUGGUCUGGUAGAAGUUUUAAUCUACUACUAGAUCUGCUUAAUGAUGCAUUUCCUGAGGGUUCAGCACUACCUAGAAACUUUUAUGAAGCUAAGAAAUUGGUGAAAUCCAUAGGACUUGGGUACACUAGUAUUCAUGCUUGUGAAAAUGAUUGUAUUCUUUAUUGGAAGGAUCAUGCAGAUUCUAAUUCAUGUCCAAAGUGUAAGAUCUGUUCAAAAUAGUGGGGUUGCUCUAGUUGCAGAGUCAACGAGUUUUGAAAGGGGCAAUGAUGAUAACAUCAUAAUAGGAAACAAGACCUAUUAUGGUAUUAUAAAGGAAAUUAUUGAACUGAACUAUCACCAUCAAGGGAAUGUGGUGUUGUUCAAGUGUGCUUGGGUUGAUAACCGGGUGCAGAACAAAUGGGUAAAAACUGAUCAAUUUGGAGUCACAACAGUCAAUUUUAGGCAUUUGUUCAAUACUGGUGAAAAGAUAUCAGAUGAACCUUUCAUUCUAGCAUCACAGGCAGUUCAAGUAUUCUAUGUUCCUGAUCCAAUUGAUUUGGAGUGGGUUGCUGUCCUUCAAUCAAAACCAAGAGACAUUUAUGACAUGUAUAAUUUGGACAGUGAGCACCUAGAUAAUGGAAGUGGAAUAGUUAUGCCAUUGCCUGAUCUCAAUGCCAAUGUGACCGUUGAUAUUGUUAAUGGGGUUGUCCCUAGUGUUAGAAAUGACAUAGAUGGUAUAAUUGUUGAUCCAAAGAAGUCUAAAAAAAAUCUAGAAAGAGAAAAAAUGUCAAGAGAAAAAGAAAACAAUAAGCAAUCCACCCUCAGCGAGUAUGAGCAGCGGUGGCUUGCAAACAUUGAAGAAAACAAAAGGAAGCUGGAUGCUCUUUCUGUCCCUAAGAUGAACACAUUGGUGCAGCGCAAUCAGCCUAAGAAAAGAACAAAGAGAACCCAUCAGCCAAGUGGUGCAGCAACUGAACGGCACAAUUUGCGUGUAAGGACGCCAAGAAACUAUGCUGAGAAUCUACAUGAACAGAUUGCUUACAGUUCGCGCGCAUGGACACAAAGCAAUUGUGCUAACAAUUCUGCAAAUGAUCAGAAUGGCCAAGAUCGUAACAGCCAAUUCACUGGAGAUUUCUUACAUGACAAUGAAGAUUUGCAAAGGAGUUCACGAAAGAAGAGCAAAGGAAGGGGUAUAACUAGAAUGGAUGAAAUAUUUGCAAGGACACCUAACAUGCCAAAGAUCAAAAUAACACUCAAUCAAUAUGGCCAGCCUGUAGGAAAGAAUUCUAGGAAGUUUUCUAGUGUCCUUGGUUGUCAAGUGAGAAGGAAAAUAUCAGUUGGGUGUUCUGAUUGGAGGCUUGUUAAACCUGAGAAGAAGUAUGAAGUAUGGACUGAUAUAAAGGCAAUCUAUGAUAUCGACGAUGCUGCUUUUGAUUGGUUUAUGAGUACUUGUGGAAAGAAAUGGAAGGAGUUCAAGGCAAAGCUAAAGGCACUGUAUUUUAGUGGCAAAUUAACUGAUGAUGAAAUAAAGGAAAAAAUGGGGAAAGAAUUAAUGAUGCUGACUGGAAUUUUCUUAUUAACUAUUGGAAGUCUCCUGAAUCUGAAAGGCGCACAAAAAGAGCGAAAACAAAUCGUGGAAAGCUACAGCUACAUCAUACAUCGGGCAGCAAGAGCUUCGCCUGUUCUAGGCAUGAAUUGGUCUAGAAAACUUUCUUUUGUAUACUGAAAAUUAAUACCCUUGUACCAUGCAUUUUUAGUACUAAAAGUGAAACACUUGUAGGGUGAUGAGCUAGGGCGUCCCCCUCGAAGAGAUGAACUCUAUAUCAAAACACAUACAAGAAAAAAUGGAGUUCCUUCAAGGCAGGCAGCACCAAUAAUUAGUAAACUUAAAAAAAUUGUUGAAGUCCGUCCAGAGUUAAAGGAUAGAACAAUUCAGCAAGGUGAUGCAUUUGCUGCUGUUUGUGGAGAAAA